CCACUUCCGCAUUCACCUCCUAUGAGCAUCGACAAAACCCUUGAAGAAUUCAUUACCCAAGCCAUUGAAAACAACCGUAAGGAUCUUCGUGAGCUAGCCAAGCAGAUUCAUGACCACCCUGAGGUUGGCUUUGAAGAGAAAUUUGCCCACGAGUACCUGACCAAGUUGCUGGAGGAAAAGGGAUUCACUGUGGAGCGACACGCUGGAGGCAUUGAAACCGCUUUCGUUGCUACUUAUGAUACUGGAAAGCCAGGACCGCGCAUCGGUGUCUGUUCUGAGUUUGAUGCCUUGCAACUAUCGGAAAAAGUUGUCUGUCACGCCUGCGGUCACAACCUGAUUGCCACUGUGGGAGUAGCAACAGCUUUGGGGUUGCGAUAUGCCGUGGCUGAACCUUCUUACCAAGGCGGAGGCAAAAUCGUAUUGUUCGGUACUCCGGCCGAAGAAGGACAGGGUGGCAAAAACUACAUGCUUGACGCUGGUCUAUUCGAACAGGCUGACGUUUGCAUGAUGGCUCAUCCUAGUGGUGGUAACAAGCAAUAUGGUAGAACUCCUACUAUUGCACGUCAAUCCUUGAAGGUUGAGUACUUUGGAAAGCCUGCUCACGCUGGUGGUAUGCCAUGGAAGGGAGUCAACGCUCUGGACGCUAUAGUCCUGGCAUACAACGGAAUCUCCACGCUACGACAGCAAUUGAGUCCUAAUGACCGUGUUCACGGAAUUAUCACCAAUGGAGGUUCAGCUGCCAAUGUUAUCCCCGAUUAUACCUCUGGUCAAUUCACUGUUCGAGCUUUGAAAAAGGACCUGCUUGAGCAGCUGCAAAGCAAAGUUGAAAAGAUCUUCCGAUCGGCCGCGGAUGCCACCGGAUGCGAGAUUAAGUUAUCUUGGGACAAGAACCCUUACUUGGACACAAUGCACAAUAAGAAGAUGAUGAACGUAUUUAGUACGGCAAUGGACGGUUUCGGAUUUGCCGACGUCAACCCAGGUGUUGAAAACCCACCUCCUGUUACCGCCAGCACUGAUUUUGGCAAUGUCUCUUACGUUAUGCCAGGUAUCCACCCUAUGUUUGGCAUCAAUACCCCCCAUUUCCCACAUACCGCUGCAUUCGCUGAUGCUGCUGGAACAGACGAUGGUUUCGAAGCGGCUCUUGUGACUGCUAAGGCUUUGAUUGUUACUGGCAUGAAGGUGCUUCAAGAUGAGGAGUUCUACAGUCAAGUUGUAGAAGAGUUUAAACAAAUAGAAAUAGAUGGGAAAACAAAGGAUGACUCUAUUUAUUGAAAGUGAGUGCGUAUAAACGC